CUCGGCACACUCGGACGCCACUCUCGCCAGCUUCGCCAUGAAGUCCGCUGGGAGCGAGCGGGGAGGCCCCCCGGACGGCUGCCCCUCGGACCCGGACGAGCUGGACAGCAGCGGCGAAAGCUCCGGACGCUCGGCCGGCGGCCGCAGCCCCCUGAGCGGGGCGGGCAAGGGGGAGAGGCGGGGACGGAGCCGGGGCCCCGUGGGCGUGAGCCGGCAGCGGCAGGCGGCCAACGCGCGCGAACGCGACCGCACCCACAGCGUGAACACGGCCUUCAGCGCCCUGCGCACCCUCAUCCCCACGGAGCCGGCCGACCGCAAGCUCUCCAAGAUCGAGACGCUGCGCUUGGCCUCCAGCUACAUCUCGCACCUGGCCAACGUGCUGCUGCUGGGCGACGACUGCCUGGACGGACAGCCCUGCCUCAAAUACCCGCCCAUCCUGCAGGGCGGCGCCGCUAACGGCAGCCCGGCCCUCCGGCCCAUUUGCACGUUCUGUCUGAGCAACCAGAGGAAAUCGCUCCGGGAUGGAGAGAAGUACCCAUCCAUCUGAGGCGGAGGACACGCCGCCCGCCGGUCACACACUGAUGUUUACAUGUAAAGAAUCCUUUAGUUGAGCAGAAAUUGACGAUGUUUUGUAUAUUUCGUAAGUCGGAACGAAACCCUUGAAUUGCACUUUUCCGUCGCCAGUUUUGAUCGCUUUGUUUUGGUGACAUGUAACUCGAGGCCACAUGUGCGAUGUCGCACUUGCCUCCGCGGCUAUUUCGGGAUGCGAAACGCUACACCUCCGACCGGACGGCCCGGGACGUCAGCGCCGCGUCCGCGGGGCGCUACGCCGCCCCCUGCUGGCGUUUCGAUGUCGCGCCGCGGAGCCGCGGGGGGGAGGCCGUCGCCGCUUCCAGGUUCCGGAGGAGCGUCCCCACCGGCGGCGGGAAGCGCGGCAAAAACCACAUCGUCCUCGGAAGCAAAGGUACAAGGAAGACCCUCACGAGCGUUUACCGUGCUUAGUUCGCUCACCUUUGAGUAGCUUCCAUGCCAGCACUGAGGUCGGUUACAUGUCGCAGGAUGGAUGGGGGUUCAUGUUUACUUGCAUGUGUUGCACACGUGUCCAAACACAUAAACACGUGAGGCCCCUCUCGCUCGGAGCAGGAGGACCUUACAGGAAACGCUUUUAACGUCGAAUAAGGCACAUUUUACUGCGUUUGCUGCUAUUUCAGUUCCUAAUGAUCUGUUAUGUGACAUUUACACCAAGUCAAAAUUCCAGUGAUUAUAGAACCGUCCAUUUUGAAGCCACCCCCCCCCGCGAGACAUUUACGUGACGCUACUCAUCCUUCUGCACAGCCCAGAGCCCGAACGGGUCCUCGUCCCCCGUCCUUUGGAAUAUAGGGCUGCCUACCUCCAGGAGCAUUCUCAAUGUGCCUCUUCUCGAGCAUACUUGAAUUUCAACAUGUCCAAUUCGAAAUGUCUUUCGCACUUUGCAAAAUAGACAAUUUACUAAAUAUUUUUGUACUGAAAUUGCAGUCAUCAAUUAACAGGGCUUUGAUUCACAUUAAAACAUGGUGAGAAUCACGAGCUUCCCUCUGGUGUGUGUGUACCUGGACGGUCCAUUUGGGGACCGCAAGAUUGCAUGGUGGUGAGAGCUCUUGUAAUCAAAGAUCCUGCCUUCAGAUCCCCACAAUGACUACCCUGAAUUACCCAGCUAUGGAAACAGGCAAAUCGGUGUAAGCUAAAUGUAUGAUGAUCAAAAAGGCACCAGGGAAAAAAGUUUGUCAGAUAAAUUACACAAUGCAACUUGUAUCCAACUUUGGGUGACAUCAUGAGGGACCAACUUUCCAACAUCUGAACUCGCGGUAAAAUAUUACAACUGCGAGCCCAUCAGCUAUAAUGACAUAGUUGAGAUUUUUAACAAUUCCCUCUUUAGCUGAUAUUUCGAAAUUAAGUUUAGAUGUUCCCGCUCCCUCACCGCACACCCCACAGGCCCGUCGAACACGAGGUGGUGCCAUCGUUACCCUUCCGCCCUCCGUGUCUGUGCUGGUCACACAUCAUCUUCCCAAAAAGUACAACCACACCACAAGGAGAAAAAUGAAUGUUUUAUUUUUAUUUAAAAAGUCAAUUAUUAUUUUAGGGUAAAGAAAGAGCUGAAUGACUCACUGACCUGCCCCGUUAUGUAACAGAGGGACCGCGAGCUCCUCGAGGGGGACGCCAGCCACACCUGUACUGCAGGUGACUGUUCUGUACAAUUUUUGGACGACCACAGCAGAGAUGUGGUAAAUGGGGAAGGAAGGGCUUUACUGCUUGGGCAAAAAGGCAAAAGAAAAGGGGGCGGGGCGGGGGGUGCCUAAAACGUUUCAAACCCAUCAGGCCUCCGUCCGCUCGACGCAGACGAGGGAUUCCACCCUGUCUGAACAGUAAUAUCCAAAUGCCGCACAUUAUGUUGAAUGUUUCCUUUUGUGGGAAAAUUGGUUUAAUAAAAUUUAAGAAAGAAAAAAAAAAAAAAAAAACCUGGAC